AUGAGCGAAAAACCGGACGUAUUGGUCUCUGUUGACCUCGGCACCACCUUCACAGGUGUGGCCUGGAUGACACCUAGAACGCCAAUCCAAGUCAUCAAUGACUGGCCCGGUAGCGGCGAUCGAGGCGAGCGCAAGGUCCCGACAGUCCUGACGUACAACGCCGACGGCAGCCUCUCAAAGUGGGGCUUCAUGUGUGCCGACGAGGAGGAGAACAAGCUACGGCGCGAGUUCUUUAAGAUCUUCAUCGACGAGGAUACCCUGGAGGCGUGGCAGCAGCGCGGACUUCCGAACGCGCCGCGCAACGUCGCCGAGGCGGAGAAGCUGGUGACGGACUUUCUCAAAGAGGUGUACGCCCACGUGAAGGAGUCGAUCGAGACGCAGGUUGGGAGGCAGCACACGGGCGGCUGGACGGACAUGGCCGUGACGUUCCUCUUCAGCGUGCCGACGACGUGGACCAAGAUGGAGACCAUCAACGCGUUCAAGAGAAUCAUUCACGACGCCGGUUUUGGCGCGGAGGGGUCGAGGCACUUUGCGCAAGUCGACUUGACGGAGGCAGAGGCUGCUGCGGUGGCGACCCUGAAGACGAGCGCCGUCAACUUUCACAUGGGGAGCUUGUUUCUUACCGUUGAUGCGGGCGGCGGCACGACUGAUCUCGCGGUGAUGCAGAUCACAUCAACUGACCCCCAGUACCCCCAGAUGUCGCAAAUCUCGGAGGUCAAAGGCGUAGGGAUCGGGGCGUCGCUGAUUGAUGUUGCGUUUAUCCAUCUUGUUAAUCAGCGGCUGUCUGCGUUUCCGGACGUGCAGCGCUUUCUUCCCCGCGACUUCGCAUUCAGGAUGUCGAGAAGUCACCACUUUAAGACGGUGAAGCACAAGUUCGGGGAAAGGGCGUACAUGCAACCUGUGUUCAAGAUGCAGCUGGAGGGGGUAUCGCAUGAUUUCAACCACCCCGGGCUGAGGAUCGUGGAUGGGAGAAUGUUGUUUACCAUGCAAGAGAUCCAGGCGCUGUUUGAUGUCCAAAUAGAGGGCAUAAUGCGCUGUAUCAGGGAGCAGCUCGACAGGCUCAUCCAGAAACAGCAGCCGCAAGCCAUCGAAUACAUGGUAUUAUCGGGAGGGCUUGGCGGCUCGGCAUAUGUACGGGACAAUCUGCAACACCACUUCCAUAGUUACUCGCACCAAAAUGCUGAAAAGGUCGCGGUGAUUCCGUGCCAGGAUCCCCAGCUGGUGGUGGUUCGCGGGCUGCUCCUCGACCACCAGCAGAAGAUGGAAACCGGGCGGCUGUCCGUGUUGGCGACGCGGAUUGCAAGGGCGAGCUAUGGCGUUAUCAUCAAAGAAGUGUACUCGCCCCAGAUGCAUUUCAACGAGGACAUCCAGAAUGAUGCGUUCGACCCGAAGAAGAAAUGGGCCGUCAACCAGAUCCGAUGGCUCAUCAGAAAGGGCGACAUUGUCGAUCCAAAUGCGCCACUCGUACAUUCGCUGGCUAUUUCCCUAGGCGCCGGGGACACGCAGAGAUCAUGGGAUGCGAACGUUGUGAUUUCUCACAACGAGCCGACCUUUCUCCCCAGAAGCUUGAAGCACGCGGGAGCAACGAAGCUAUGCGACGUCAAGAGCAAUUUGACCGGAGUCCAGCAAAACCAGCUCGUCCUCAAACACAAACGCGGAAGCUGCUUCUCCAAGGGAACGACAUAUUACAUCUUGAACUUUGACGUGCGGGUAAUAAUUGCGCCGGCCGACAUCCGGUUCGAGCUAUGGUUCGGCGGGCAAAAGUUUUCAGGGAAUCACGAGCCGAUUGCCGUGACCUGGGAUGAAGACGGAGUAAAGGCUGGCGGAAGCUGA